CAUUAUUAUAUUUGGAUUUUGGAAUCACAGUUGAGAUCUGGUAAAGGUUAGAUGAAAUGUCAUAGUGAUGCGUCGUUGUUUAUUUCGUAAAUAUUAUUAAUUACAUGUAAAAUAUGUAUAAUUAAUCGCAUAUGAAGAAGUAAAGAUCAAUAAAAUAAGAAAGAUGUUGCUUCAAACGUGGAAAUCGGCAGAUAAUAUCGUAAGAAAAGAUAUAAUAAAGCCAGGAACUUUCUCGAAAAAACCGACUGACUGCGCUUCUUGUGAAGUUGUUAUUGAAAACAUAAACGUUAUCAAUGCGUCUGUAGAGGAUUUGAAAAACAAAUUUAACUCGCAGAUUUUAUGUGGGAUAAGUAAAGAAGCGUUAACUAUAGGUGAAGCAAAUUGUGAAAUAGAUCGUCAAAUUGAGCGAGCAAUACAAAUGAUGAUGGUAUCAGAAAAAAGUUUAGUUACAAUAGAUAUAUUGUUAGAAGGCAUUGAUGAUCGUUUAGUUAUUAAGUUCGAAAUAACGUUAAAUAAAGUGCAACCAUAUAAACCAAUUUGGGAAUGGACGCCAGAAGACAAGUAUUCGAUAGCUUUAAAAUAUAAGGAAGCAGGUGUAUGUUUAUUUCAGGAACAUAGAUACGUGGAUGCAUUUUAUAAAUUUAGUAAAGCCUGUAAAAUUCUAAUAACAUUAGAGCCAAUUCAGGAUUUAGAAUUAGAUAAGACAUUAGAAACUAAAAUUAAUAAAUUGAGACUUAUAUUGUAUAACAAUAUGGCUGGGUGUCAAUUAUGCCGUAAAAAUUAUGAACAUACCAUAUCCUUAUGUAAUAAAGUUCUAAAUAAAGAAGCUAACAACGUUAAAGCAUUAUACAGAAGAGGAGUGGCACGUGGAAAUUUGAAAGAUGUAGACAAUGCUGUUAAUGAUCUAAAAUAUGCUGUUAGUCUAGAACCGCAUAACCAAGCAAUAAAAGAACAACUUACAAUAUAUAAUACAAAAUUACAAGAGGCAAACCAGAAAUUUGAAGAUAUGGUAAAAAAGAUGUUCAAAGCUUAAACAUUAUGUUGAUACGUUUACCUGUAAAGGAUUAAAAAAAUAAACAUUUUUCAUUUUGUAAAUAAAAAAAUAAGUGUUUAUUUUUAUCUACAAUAAUUUACAUAUUACAAGUAAUGUAUUACUUUAAAAUUACAACAUUAAGAAUUUGUUACAAAUAUGUAACUUUGUAAUUCUAUGUAACUAUAUUAUUGUUAGAUCAUUCUUACAUGUCUUGUAUUUCUCUUGUGGCUUAUAUGUAACAAUUGCAUAUUGAUAGUAACAGAAAUAUUUUUAAAUUACGUAUAAUUUAUUCAAAAAUACAUGAUGCAUCAAGAGAACAAUUUAUUUCUUGCAUUUAUAAUUAUAUUGCAAAAUUGAUUAAAUAUUGGAACAAGAAUAUAAGACAAUUAGAAUAAUAAACCUCCCCCUAUUAUUUAACAAAAUAUAAAUCGUAUAUUAAUACAUACCUCUAAAAAUAUUAGUUUCAAAUGUAUAUAUUGGCACUUUUAUUAUUUUGUGCUUUUAUUUUGAAAAAAUUUUAUUAAAGAAAACAUUAUGGAAUCUAUAAGUAUUUUGAGAAAAUAAGAUUAGAACCAUGUAAAUAUUAUUUUAAAAUGUAGCAGCAAAAUAACAGUAGAUCUUAUAGCUUGCAAGUUACAUUAAAAUAAAUAUUAUUACAUAUACAUAAUAAAUGUAUGAAAGUAUAUUUGUUAAGCGUGCAGAAUGCAUAACAUUUUCUUGUUGAAAUAAAUGUGACCAUUAGUAACUGCACAAAUAGAUAAUUAAUGUUUUAAAACUAUCACCAUAGAAUAUUAGAAUAUAAAACCUUCUCUGCGAUCUUUCCUUCUGAAACUAUGGAUUGUUGUCUAUGCAUUAGAACAUGCAAUGGAGUGUUACAAAAACAAG